CGCUGCAAAAAUAUGCUUCUGUAUAUUAUGUGUUGUACGGUAGUACAGAACAACCCCAGCAUUGUACGAGUUAGCGAGGGUUUUAUUAGUCGGUGGAGUUAAUUUUAACAAAUUCCGUGUAAUUUGUUAGUUUCAGGGCUCCGGAGUGGCUAACUUGGCAUGACAAUAAAAAAACAACAUGCAGUGCAUCACAAAAGUGAGUACACCCCUCGCAUUUCUGCAGUUAUUUAAGUAUAUCUGUUCAUUGGACAACACUGACAAAAUGACACUUUGACACAAUGAAAAGUAGUCUCUAUUAAGAUUAUAGAAUAAAUUUAUUUUCCCCUCAACAUAACUCAAAAUAGCCAUUUAUAUCUACACUCCUGGCCACAAAAGUGAGUACACCCCUGAGAAACUACAUCCCUAAAUGUCCAAAUUGAGUACUGCUUGUCAUUUUCCCUUCAAUAUGUCGUGACUUGUUACAGGAGUGCUGUCAGCAUUGCUGCAGAGAUUGAAGAGGUGGUGGGUCAGCCUGUUAGUGUUCAAACCAUUCGCCGCACUCUACAUCAAACUGGCGUGGCUGUCACCCUCGGAGGAAGCCUCUUCUUAAGAUGUUACACAAGAAAGCCCGCCCGUCUCAUCAGACCAUAGGACGUGGUCCCAGUAAUCCAUGUGCUUUGUUAACGUGUCUUCAGCAAACUGUUUGCGGGCUUUCUUUAGUACCGUCUUAAAAGAGGCUUCCACCUGGGGUGACAGCCAUGCACACCAAUUUGAUGUAGAGUGAGGUGUAUGGUCUAAGCACUAACAGGCUGACCCCAUGAAAAGAUAUACUUAAAUAUUGUAUUGCCUUGUCCAUCUUCUUGUAGCGCAACAAUACGUCUUUUAAGAUUCUCAGAGAGUUCUUUGCCAUGUGGUGCCAUGUUGGAACUUUCAGUGACCAUUAUGAGAGUGUGUGAAAGCUGCACUACAAGUUUGAACCCACCUGCUCCCUAUGCACAUCUGGACCUAGUAACACGAGUCACAUCACAUUUUGGAGGGCAAAUGACAGGCAGUACUCAGUUUGGACAUUUAGGAAUGUACGUAGUUUCUAAGGAGCGUACUCACUUUUGUUGCCAGGGAUAUUAAUGGCUAUAUUUUGAGGGAAAAUAAAUGAACUCUAAUAUAUAAGCUGUACACAGACUACUUUUCAUUGUGUCAAAGUGUUAUUUUGUCAGUGUUGUCCCAUGAAAAAUUACACUGAAAUAUCUGCAGAAAUGCAAGGGGUGUGCUCACUUUUGUGAUACACUGUAUGCACACAUGAAAAUCAUCGAUGACCCAUGCAAUCAAUAGUGUUGACUAUGUUUUCAGGAUAAUGUUAUUAAAACAAUUGCAUGUCAAUAAUUGCAGUAUGAACAGCAAGAUUUGUAAUCCAUAAACUCAGCAGAGGAGCAGGGCGGAGUGAUAUCACCAGUGUUGUCAAUCUGAGACAUCAGAGAAGGCUACUGCUUUAAGAUGGCGGCUGUUUACUAACACCGGCGAGUGUAUCAUUUCACAUUUACUUCUCUAAACGUUUGCUAACGCCGCCGCGUCUGUCAUUUCGCAUCUAGUUCUAUAUGUAUAUGAUAUGUAGUGUAGCAUCAAGUGGGCGUAGAUCGUAGGCUGUCGGCUGCAGUCAGGUAAUGUUGGCGCCACCUAGCCUAGCAUCACAUUUGCAACGGUGUCACAACUCCACUCCUGCUCUUCUCUCUCUCUCUGUCUCUCAGACUUUUCUUGCGUCAUUCAACCUACAUAGUAACUCACGCUUACAUCCUCAGUAACGGUAACGGCGUUGCAAAGAUGAGAAAGGUAAUUAAUUAGAUUACUCACUACUGAAAAAAAAACCCGUUAUUAACAUUAGAUAUCACAUCGUUUUUUUGCACCGCUGAUUUUUUAUGUCGUAGCCAGCAGUGAGUAACCAAUUUAUAUUGUUCCUCAUUCUUCAUAGGGAAUUUGUGGAAACUUUCCUUUGCCCAUUUCUUCUGUCUGUUUCCACAGCCUUUAAAUGGACAUUUUGCCAUGUUGCUGGCUGUCAGUUAACUCAGCAGACUGAUGCUGCAUUUGGGGAAGGUGGGAAGUCAGAGUUUCCAAGCUGGAAAAACAUAAUUGGAAUGCCUCCACUAUUUGAUCGCUUACGAGAAAGCUGGUUUGCUGGAGGUCAAAAUGUCUUUUGAUGGCCAAAAUAUAAAAACAACUUGUUGCGAUCAGCCAUCUUUGAUGUUUGUAUUCGCUUGAAACGCUUUGAGGUCGCAACUAGUUUCCUUCCGAGCGGGAUAAGUCCCACUUCCCACCUUCCUUGAAUGCAGCGCGAGUGUUUUUUGUUACAUUGUUUUGGCCGCAGAGGUGUUUUGGAACAAUGAUCUGCAUUUUGAAUUUAUUUGACUAUGUUGGACCCCCACAAGGUAGCGCCAAAAGCAAGGACUCCCGAAUACCGGACUAUAAUUUGGAGGUGUUGUUGGUCAGCAGCAGUCGGCACCCGGAUCAGUGGAUCGUCCCUGGGGGAGGGAUGGAGCCUGAGGAGGAACCUUGUGGAGCAGCGGUGCGGGAAGUCUUUGAGGAGGCUGGUGUCAAGGGCAAGCUUGGACGUCUGCUCGGCGUGUUUGAGCAAAACCAAGACCGUAAACACCGGACGUACGUUUACGUGUUGACGGUCACUGAGACGUUGGAGGCCUGGGAAGACUCGGUCAACAUAGGCCGCAAGCGCGAGUGGUUCACGGUGGAGGAGGCCAUCAAGGUUCUGCAGAGCCACAAGCCCGUGCACGCAGAGUACCUGCGGAGACUGCAGCAACUGCAGCUCAGCUGCUCGCCCACCAACGGCAACUCCAUCCUCGCCGGUCCGCCUCCCAACGACAAUUACCCGCACUACAGCGCCACGGCCACCACGCCGUCCACGGGCGGCGUUCUGGCCUCCUCCCGCAGAUAGGACUCCCCUCCGCCACGUUUUUGUACAGUGGAAGCCUGUAAAUAGUCUUAACUGCUGGACGGACCAAAGCCAUCGCCAGAACUUGAAGGACUCACGUGACUGAGCGCCAAGAUGGCGAAGCUCGUGUGGCAAACUUUUAUCAGCGUGGCGAGCGGGAGGACUCCGCGGACUCUGCUGGCAUGCCUUACAGUUCUUUGUAUGAAUGUUUCGGUUCUUUUGACACAAGACACACGCUCUGUGGUCGAUAAACACAAAGCAGGACUAUGCGGGGAAUGUUUUAGGACACUAAAUUGGCAACGUCAUCAGCAUAGAAAGCACUCGGUUUCGUUGAGCUAUUAAAAACUGGAUGUUACAAGUAAGUAUUAGGGCAAUUGGAGUAAUUUCUAGUGAGAAUAAAGUUAUUUCUUUGAUAAAAUAGACUAUACAGUGGUAUGAAAAAGUAUCUGAACGUUUUGGAAUUGCUCACAUUUCUGCAUAAAAUAGCCAUCAAAUGUGAGCUGAUCUUUGUCAAAAUCCCACAGAUGAAGAAACAGUGUCUGCUUUAACUAAAACCACCCAAAUAUUGAUAGGUUUUCAUAUUUUAAUGAGGAUAGUAUGCAAACAAUGACAGAAGGGGGGAAAAAUAAGUAAAGGAACCAUCACAUUUCAUAUUUUGUGGUCCCCCCCUUUGGCAGCAAUAACUUCAAUCAGACGCUUCCUGUAGCUGCAGAUCCGUCUGGCACAUUGAUCUAAUUUUAGCCCAUUCUUCUCUAAAAAAACUGCUUUAGUUUAGUCAGAUUCCUGGAAUGUCUGCCAUGAAUCGCUGCCUUUCGGUCAUGCCACAGCAUCUCAAUGGGGUUGAAGUCUGAACUUUGACUUGGCCACACCACAACGUGUAUUUUCUUCUUCUAAAACUAUUCUGAAGUUGAUGUACUCCUGUGUUUUAGAUCUUAGGUCUUUAGGUCUUGUUGCAGCAUCCAUCCUCAUCCAUGCUCUGAAAGACGGCCUCAGGUUUUCCUGCAAAACAUCCUGAUUAAUUUUGGAAUUCAUUCUUCCAUUAAUGAUUGCAGGUUGUCCAGGCCCUGAGCGAGCAAAACAGCCCCAAAUCAUGAUGCUCCCUCCACCAUGCCUCAAGGUUGGGAUGAGAUGUUGAUGUUGGUGAGCUGUUCUAUUUUUCCUCCACACAUGAAGUUGUGUGUUACUCCCAAACAAUUCAACUUUGGUUUCAUCAGUCCACAAAAUAUUUUGCCAAAAUUUCUGCGGAAUGUCCAAGUGCCUUUUUGCGAACAUUAAACGAGCAACGAUGUUUUUUUAGACAGCAGUGGCUUCCUCCGUGGAGUACUCAAAUGAACACCAUAGUUUUACAAAUAGUUGAUGUGAGCCAGUGAUUUCUGUAAGUCUUUAGCAGGCACUCUCGGGUUCAUUUUUACUUCUCUGAGUAUUCUGCGCUGAACUCUCGGCGUCAUCUUCGGUGGAUGGCCACUCCUCGGGAGUGAAGCAACAGUGCCAAACUCUGUCCAUUUGUAGACAACUUCUCUGACUGUCGAUUGAUGAACAUCCCGACUUUUAGACAUGGUUUUGUAUCCUUUCCUAGCUUUAUACAAAUCAACAAUCCUUGAUUGUUUUGUAAAAAUUGGUUUCAAUUGCUCUUUAAGUCUCCUUAGGCAAAGGGUUGACUUACUUAUUUUUCCUCCUUCUGUCAUUGUUUGCAUUCUAUCUUCAUGAAAAUAUGAAAACGCGCAGGGUCGGUUGCCAAUGGGCUUACACUCACAAAGGAUUCACACAAUUACUUGGUUCUAGAUCACAGAGCUGAUUUGUGUACACUCUGCCCCUCCCAAUUACUUAGUUUAUUGACUUCCCCACCCUCCCUCCCCUUCUUUCCUGGAUCAACAGGCCCCCCACGUGGUGUCAACUGGAAAUACAUCUGGGCGACAAUUGCACCAACAUAUUAAUAUUUAGUGUAGGCGUUCAAUGUAUUUCUUGUUGUUUUCUGUUUUUUGGGGGGUUUAUUCUGUCCCCCCCAUAGCCCCUCCUGUUCGCUGUUUUGUCAUAAUAAACAAGAUAUGUAGAAUGAUCACAAUGGGAGUAAGUUAUAUUCUCAAUGUGAAAAAUUAAAACUGUUCAGACCAACCGGACACUAUAUAAGUAUAACACCAUUUACCAUUAUGCCCCUUUCCCACUGUAACUAGUGGGUCAACGCGCGUUUUUUUUCCAAGUCGAUGCAACCCACUAGCAAUUGGCAUCUUUCCAAUUGACAAAAAAAAAAAGCCGUGUCUUUUUUUUUUUUUCACCCGUCUAACCCCCCACCCCUCCUCAGCUGUGCGUAAGGUUAAGUGACGUCACCAUGCUAAGAUGCGCGUCGACACAAGUGCGACCGAAUUCAUUCAGUUCAAGGAAGUAAACAAUGCAGAGCAACAUGGAAGCCUCCUUUCCGUUUGUGUUCUCUGUUUUCAUGCUUUUUACUGCCCUCAAAAUGGUCGAAAUUGUUAUGACGCAUCACGUAAGAGCCUAUGUCACCACGUAGAUGAGGGUGUUGACUGUUGACCCGGGGUUUUGCUUUCACACUGCAUGACGAUCAGAGCCGAGGUGAUUUUUAACGUGGGUUGAUUGACACGGGUCGAGGCGGGUCGCUGCACCUUUCCCACUGCCACCAAAAGCCGAUUGUUAGUGGGUUGACAUGGGUUUUUUGGCCAGUGGAAAAGGGGUAUUAGACUUCAAUUCUCCAUGUCAAACAGCAGAACAGGACAGGUUAAAAAAAAAAAGAAAACCUAUAAAAGUUUGGGUGGUUUUACUUAAAGCAGACACUGUUUUUUCAUCUGUGUGAUUUUGACAAAGAUCAGGACACAUUUAAUGGAUAUGCAGAAAUGUGGGAAAUUCCAAAAGGUUCAAAUAGUUUCAUACCACUGUAUUGGUGCUGAACACAUUUUGCAAAAAUGAGUAGAUUUGUUACAAAUUUGUAAAAGGAAAACCAGAAGUGCAAAAAAAUUUGGGGGAAAUGUGACUAUUCUCAACUGAAAAGUGCUGUUGAGAAAGGUCAAACAUGAAAAUAACUCAAAUGUUCCUUCUGUCCAAACAAACCCCUGCAGCGCCUCCACUGUGUCUUAGACUGAACUGUCACAGUUCAUUUUAAAACGACAAAAACAACAACUUUUUUCUCUUUUUUUUUCAGUAUUUUUCAUGUCAUCUCACUGUGGCCUAAUACUCUGAUCCACUCACUAGAACAAAUUGAAAGUAUGCCCUCUGCUGGAUGUGUAUUUUAUUAUUAUUUCAGGGCCUUUUCAAAGGUCACAUGCGGCUUUACCCGCUGUCUGUGAAACGCUACCUCAGUCCAAGUAAACAAGAGCAGGAGUUGGGAUGCCGCCGUGCUCGUCGUUAGACUUUAGCCAAAGCCAGAAAAUGCUCUCUGGUUCCCACUUUUCAAAAAAUUCAAAAGUCUGCAGUAUGAUGUGUUCGCCAUAUGACACAUGCACCUUUUAAUGGCCUGUGUUUUAACAUUUAAACCAGUGGUCCCCAGACUACGGCCCCCCCCGGCCCACGUCCACAUUUGGUCCAGACCCCUAAACAAUAUAUAUAUAUUUUUUCAAUCGUGUUAUUUGUUUUCUGGCUUUUUUUCUGUGACGAACGCAGACAGGGUUAUUUGGUUACGAUCUAUUUAAUUAAUAGUGUUAUUAUUAUGUAAUAUUUAGGGCUGUCAAACGAUUACGAUUUUUAAUCGAGUUAUUUACAGCUUAAAAAUUUAUUAAUCGUAAUUAAUCGCAAUUCAAACCAUCUAUAAAAUAUGCCAUAUUUUUUUGUAAAUUGUUGUUGGAAUGGAAAGAUGAGACACAAGACUGAUAUAUACAUUCAACAUACGAUACAUACAGUAAGUACUGUAUUUGUUUACUAUAACAAUAAAUCAACAAGAUGGCAUUAACAUUAUUAACAUUCUCUUAAAGCGAUCCAUGGAUAGAAAGACUUGUAGUUCUUAAAAGAUAAAUGUUAGUACAAGUUAUAGAAAUUUUAUAUUAAAACCCCUCUUGAUGUUUUUGUUUUAUUAAAAUUUGUCAAAUUUUCAAUCAAAAAAUAAACUAGUAGCUUGCCAUUGUUGAUGUCAAUAAUUACACCAUGCUCACUCAUUGUAAAGUAAAAUCAUUUGGACCCAAGCGCCAGCAGAGGGCGCCAAACACAAAAAAAAACAAGUAACAAGCGGACAUUACACUGCUGUCAUUUUAAUCUGAGCGGGGCAUGUGCGUUAAUUGCAUCAAAUAUUUUAACGUGAUUUGAAAAAUUAAUUACUGCCCGUUAACGCGAUAAUUUUGACAGCCCUAAUUAUCUGGUCUUUGCCUUUUUGGCAAAGCCAGAUAAUAUUAUUCUGCGACUUUAUUAUUAUUUAUUUAUGAAUCAACUUAUUCUCCGCGUUUUUUUUGGGCGCGCCGCACAGCCCGUAGCGCUGCACCGAUCAGCCCCGUUUAUGUAUCGACACGUCCGGAAUUUUCAUGUGGGCUUUUUGUCAAACGGCCCCGAAAUUUUCCGUUUUAACGUAAACGCCGAUUUUCCAAAAAAUUUUCAAAGCACUAUUUGUCCUACAAUUUUUGACCAAAUCACAUAAUUUGGACAUCAAAUAUUCCGGGACGGUGAGGGGCAUAAAGAUUGUAUACAGAAUUUGGAAAAAAUUUACGCUUCCCCGGGAAUUUGCCAAAAACUUUCCCAUUCAUUUUUAAUGGGAAAUGUCCCGUUCACUUUCAAUGGGAUUUCCAAUAGAAUUUACAUUGCAUUGUUGCCAUUGACGGCCAUGUAUGUCAAAUCUAUUGAUACUAAUGGACUUGAAUUCUAUCAACGCCUAUGUAACUCACUGCCAUUGACGGCCAUAGACGUCCAAAAAUUUUCCCAUUCAUUUUCAAUGGGAAAAACAAAAAAUUCCCCAAAUCAACAGGAAAUGACCAGAUAUCAAUAGGACGUGUCCCCCAAACUUCCCCGAUUCCAUUGAUGCUUUUGAAGGGUGCUGCCAUUGAAGGCCAUUGACGUCCAAAUUUCCCAUUCAUUUCUAAUGGCAUUUACUUUGUUUAAUGCCGUUGACGGGAAUGUUUCUCCAUUGUAUUGAUGCCAAUGUAAUUGCUUUCCAUUGACGCCUAUGUAAGUUGAUGCCAUUGACAGCCAUGGACGUCCAAAAAUUUUCCCAUUCAUUUUCAAUGGGGAAAAAACAAAAUUUCCCAAAUCAACAGAAAAUGACCAGAUAUCAAUAGGACGUGUCACCCAAACUUCCCCGCUUCUAUUGACACUUAUAGAGGGUGCUGCCAUUGACGGACAUGGACGUCCAAAUUUUCCAUUCAUUUCCAAUGGCAUUUCCUCUGUUUAACGCCAUUGACGGUCAUGUUUGUCCAUUCUAUAGAUGCCAUUGACGGCUAUGAACGUCCAAAUUUUUUCCCAUUCAUUUUCAAUGGCAAAAAAAAAAAUGUCCCCAAAUCAACAGGAAAUAACCAGAUAUCAAUAGGACACGCCCUCAAAUGUCCUGAUAUGAUCAGGCCACGCCCUCCAAAUGUUCCCAAAUGACCUGAUAUCAUUAUCCCAGGCCCCAUUAAUGUCCCCAAAUAGACAGGAAGUGACCUAAUAUUGUCCCCGAAUUGUCCCCAAACCAACCUAGGCUGGGGCUAAGAUCUGUAUCUCCACAUGGCAAAGACCAGAAGUAAUUUCUCCUGAAAUUGCAGUUUCUAGUUACACCAUGCGCACUCAUUGUAAAAUAAAAUAAUUUGGACCCAAGCGCCAGCAGAGGGCGCCAAACACACCCCAAAAAAAAAACAAGUGACAAGCGGACAUUACACUGCUGUCAUUUUAAUCUUAGCGGGGCAUGUGCAUUAAUUGCGUCAAAUAUUUUAACGUGAUAAAAAAAUUAAUUACUGCCCGUUAACGCGAUCAUUUUGACAGCCCUGAUAAUAAUAUAAUAUUUUUUAAAAUUUUAUUUACUUUUGUUCCGUGAAGAAUCCAGAAUGGGUUAUUUGAUUGUGGCUCUCUGAAAAACAAUACAUUUUUACAUUUAGGCACUCCUGCAAUCGUCACACUUUUUCUGUUACAAACUGACCCGGCCCCUCAUCAGAGAAGGGGAAAGUUAUGUGGCCCUCACAGGAAAAAGUUUGGGGACCCCUGAUUUAAACUCACUCUCGCUGCUGUUGUUUUCAUUGCGGUGUUGCCCAGGAAGCCUUGACGCGCUUUCGACAUAAUCUGCCCCCCAGAAAAAUGAUCAUCGAAAAAGCCAGGAUCUGUAAAAUUGCUUCUAUUGAUGGCUGAAUGCCAACGCUCCCAAUUUCUCAACGCCUUGGGAAAUGUAUCGGAACUGUAUUUUUAACCAGAACGAACCUGUACUUACUGUUUUGUAUCUUUUUAACUCUGUACAAAUAACUGGAGAAGCCCCACAGCACAACACCCUAAUUUGUACAGUACUAAGAAUGGUUUGGGUGUCUUUGUGGGAGCAAUUCAACACACAAACCCACAUCAGCUGCCGUUAAUGGUGAUUGACGUCCAAAUUUGUUAGCUGUCAAUAAGUUAUAACCUACAGUAUGUGCCAAAUUUGAACAUUUUAUGUAGACUGGGGGAAAAAAUACACUUCAUGAUUUAAUAAUGUGAAAAAAACUGUGUGGUGUUGAGCCUGUACUGUUGAACUUGUGACUAAUGAAUGACUUGUACAUGUAAAAAUGCACCAUACUUUUGAAUUCAAGCCCCUCGCGUUACUUUUUAGGCAAUUAUUAAACCUUAAGUCACCCGGAAAUCUCAUGUAUUUCAUGCAAGUGAAUGUAAACUGGUGCAACUUUGAAUGUUAAAUCAAAGCAACUGGGAGUCGUGUUGUCGUUGAGUAUGCACGGUGAAGUGGAAAUUGACUGACGUAAAGCUGGAACUAUUGUAUUGAAAAGGAAAAAAAAAAACAUUAAAUGGGGGUAACUCUUACUUUAAAUCAUGUCGGUUUUUGUCUUUUUCUUAGCUGUUGAAAGGUUAUUUUUAGGACUGGCCUUGAACUAGCUUAAAAAUUAAUAAAUCAUAAUUCAUCGCAAUUCAAACCAUCUAUAAAAUAUGGCCAAUUUUUCUGUAAAUUAUUGUUGGAAUGGAAAGAUAAGACACAAGACGGAUAUAUACAUUCAACAUAGGGUACAUAAGUACUGUAUUUGUUUAUUAUAACAAUAAAUCAAGAUUGCAUUAACAUUAUUAACAUUCUCUUAAAGCGAUCCAUGGAUAGAAAGACUUGUAGUUCUUAAAAGAUAAAUGUUAGUACAAUUUAUAGAAAUUUUAUAUUAAAACCCCUCUUAAUGUUUUCAUUUUAAUAAAAAUUGUAAAAUUUUCCAUCAAAAAAUAAACUAGUAGCCCGCCAUUGUUGAUGCCAAUAAUUAAUUACACAAUGCUCAUGGGUGCUGAAGCCUAUAAAAUCAGUCGCACCCAAGCGCCAGCAGAGGGCGACAAAACUCCGAAAAACUAGGACAGGAGAUCUAUUUUUUGACACCGAUAUCGAUAACUUCCUGCUCCUCAGGCCGAUACCGAUACGAUAACCGAUAAUAUAUAUAUAAUUUUUCAUAAGUUUUUGAACACCUGUAGGUCAAAAAUACUACGGGUUGAUUCAGCAUAGAUUUUGUCUCUGACCAAACCAGAAUUUUCAUGAUGACAUGAACAUUAUUAUAAUGAACAAAACAAAGACAAGAACAGUUUUGACUUCAAAAAAGUGCACAUAUUAAUUUUUUCAUUUUCAUUUUUUUAUAACAAUAAAUCAACAAGAUGGCA